AUGCCAGCGAUAUUGACGUCGACCAAGCAGGUACACACGGAGACUGUGAUCCAGGAACUUGACGUGCUCGAAAGCCCAAGAACCCGCCGUAGACGGGAGACGAGUGCAGAUAGGAACCACCGCCAUUACGAUGACUUGCGCGUGACAUUUGAGAAAACCAUCAAGGGCCGCUACCGCAAUGGUUCCGCAAUCUACGAUAAAGUUGGAGUUCUGCUCAUCACUUGGCAGGACGAUGAUAUGAAUGUGUGGACGAAGGAAGUUCGGGAUCUUGCAGCCGUCUUUCAGAAAACAUUCUCCUUCGAGGUGGAGCACUAUCGCAUUCCGACGGAAAGAGCAGUUACUGGAGUCAAUGCUAAAGUCGCCGACUUUGCCCAUCGUUAUGAUAGCUCCGAAUGCCUGGGCAUAGUUUACUACGCAGGUCAUGGCGCUGGAGAUGAUCAAGGCCGCCUCAGCCUGUACGCUAGAGCCAGGGAGAACCACGACGGACAUGUUCACGUCCCAUUCGACGAUAUCACUUACCACUUGCACCGAUGUGACGCCGAUAUUUUGGUCAUCACGGAUUGUUGUCAUGCCGCUCUUGCAUUCGGCCAAGCAGAGGUCGGCAAGCGCAGAUUCGAGAUCAUUACUGCAACUGGGCCAGGACAAGAUGCCGAUGCACCCACUGGGACGAAGUCUUUCACCAAAAUCUUGUGCGCGGCGCUGGAAGAACUGGCGCCCGAGCCGACCGGAUUCACGACGUCCAAGCUCUACCGCAAUGUUUACCACAAAGCAGAUGCGAGUCGCAAGCCUUUCCUCUUCGACCAAAGUAUUCAUGACUGGGGCAGGAUCUGGAUACAGCCACUGGGCGACAGUUGCGACAUCGUUCGCGAUGAGUGGAAGCCAUCAGCUCAGGGCGACGCUUGUGUUCACUUGGAAUUGCGGAUGCGUGCGAAGCCGAAGCUGAAGACCAUGAACGAUCUCGCGCGUGAACUGCAGUUCUUACCGCAUGUCAAAGAGGUGACAUUCAGAAAGAUGCACGCUCCUCGGCUCGAGAUCGAGGGAUUCAUGACAGGGGUUACCCAAGCGAUGAAAAUUCGGCCCCUAAUCAAGAGGCUGCGCAAACGCUUAGAGGAAAAGAGAGUUGCUGAAGGGCGUGACAGAAUGGGCGUGAAAACGCCGCCGCCAGAUCCCAGCCAUUCGCCAUUACUGUACAAUUGGAACGAAUCCUUCAAAGAUGCCCACGAUCCGAACGACGAAGGUGUCAGUGAGGCGCAAGAGAAUGGUGCGGGACCUAGCCACUCGCGCAAUCCAUCGAUAGAAGUGCAUGGCCCUGUCACCGCACGGCCUCAGCCUCAUGUGGAUGAAUUAAUUGGUACUGAGCCGCCAGUCUCUGCUUGCUAUGAGGCCGCAAACGUGGCGGAUUUGCCAUCUCUUACCACGAUAAAUGGAAGUUUGAUCUGA